UAAUGCCCUUUUAUUACUCUUCACUAGUUGUCAAGAAAAAGCAAAAUUAUACUAGUGUGCAUGAAGCAGUGAAAGCUGGGGAUGUAGAACAGCUUGCGUCGAUGAUAAAAAGUGGAGCCAGUAUUAAUGAGAUGGAUGUAGUUCACAAAUUCACACCCUUGCAGUGUGCUGCCCACUCGGGAAGUCUGGAGUGCCUUCAGUGGUUGCUCUGGCACGGAGCUGACACCACGCGUGUGACCGUGAGAGGCUGGACAGUGGCUCACCUCGCGGCCAUCCGAGGGCAGGAUGCCUGCAUGCAGGCCUUGUUAGUGAGCGGAGUGGACGCAGCAGCUCGGGACGAGCGCGGGUGCACGGCCUCGCACCUGGCCGCAGCCCACGGGCACUCGUACACCCUGCAGACCCUGCUGCGUGCAGGGGCGGAUGUAAAUGUUUCAGACAGGAAUGACUGGAAACCUCUUCAUUAUGCUGCUUUUCACGGUCGCUUGGGGUGUUUGCAGCUUCUUGUUCGAUGGGGAGCGUGUGUAGAUGAUGUGGAUAACAAUGGAAACCUUCCAGCACAUCUGGCAGCAGUGGAAGGACACUUGCAUUGCUUUAAGUUCUUGGUCAGGAAAAUGGCUGGUGUUACGCACACUCUGAAAGCCAGGAAUGACCAUGGAGAGACUCCAAGGGACUUGGCUGAACGGUUCUACAAAGAUAAUAUUCUGAAAUAUAUUGAUAGUAUGGAAAAAGAGAAGGAACAUCCAGAGACACAGGAAGUUUUAGCUUUCCCAGCUCAUGAUGCUGCUGUCAAAGGGGACUUGUUAGUGGUUAGAAGACUGGUGAGAAGUGGAGUGGUCAGUAUUAAUGAGCGGGACAAUAAGGGGUCCACUCUCCUGCACAAAGCUGCUGAACAGGGGCAUAUCCAUUGCUUACAGUGGUUGGUUGAAAUGGGAGCUGACCGUGACAUUACAAAUUAUGCUGGAGAGACUCCAGAGGAUGUAGCCAAGAGGUUUGGCCAUCUGGCAGCUGUGGAACUUUUGACUCCAAGAACUGCAAACAAUAACUGUAGUGAUGAAGAACUAGAUGCAAACAACGUAAAGUUUUUUGAAACACAUGGGGUGGAAGGGAGUACAGAUAGCAAAGAAGAUUUAACCCUGGAUAAAGCAGAGAAAAGUAAUGCACGCCUAAGGGCCUAUCACAAGAUUAAAGAACUUCAGUGGCUUCUAGAAAUUGCCUACAGCAACUACAGACAGCUGGGGGGAGUAACUGAAGAGGAGAGGAAGAUGAAAAAAGAAGAAAGGAAACGUGAGAAGGCUGUGCGGGAGCUGGAGGCCCAGCUGGAGUAUGAGCGAGUCAGGCGGGAGAAGCUGGAGAGCCAGCUGGAUGAUUACCGCGCUGAGAUAAGCCGGCUCCGACAGGGCCGGGGGAAAACCCGCACGGCCUCUGCUGCCUCCGCGGAAAUGGAGACAAUGGCCAAGUCUUGCAAAGACAAAAGGAAAAUGAAGCAGCAGCCAGCCUGCAGCCCAGGAGUGAGACUGCGCUGA